UUGGCCGGUGCCGCCAGGCCGGAUAUCCGCUGCAGGGCGGGGGGCAUCGGGUGUACGGACAUGGCGGCGGAGUUAGAUUGUGGCCUGAGGCCGGAUGUCGGGGCCCAGCGGGCAGAGCUGGGGCCGCUGCUAGGGAUAGCUCUGAGGCCGGGCGAGUCCUGGUAUUUGAUUGACAGUCGGUGGUUCAAACAGUGGAAGAAGUAUGUGGGUUUUGACAGCUGGGACAUGUAUAGCGUGGGUGAGCCUAACCUGUUUCCUGGACCCAUUGAUAACUCUGGACUCUUUGCAGAUCCAGAAAUACAGACCCUAAAAGAACAUCUCAUUGAUGAGCUGGAUUAUGUGUUGGUUCCCACUGAAGCCUGGAAUAAGCUAGUGAACUGGUAUGGCUGUAUAGAGGGGCAGCAACCUAUUGUAAGAAAAGUGGUGGAGUACGGUCUGUUUGUGAAGCACUGUAAAGUAGAAGUUUAUCUCCUCGAACUGAAGCUGUGUGAAAAUAGUGAUCCUGCCAAUGUGUUGACCUGUCAUUUCAGCAAAGCAGACACCAUUGCCACCAUUGAGAAGGAAAUGCGACAGCUGUUUAAUAUCCCCAAUGAGAAGGAAACUAGAUUAUGGAGUAGGUAUAUAAGUAACGCCUAUGAGCAGGUCAGCUAUCUGGACAGCACUGUACAAGAUGCAGGCCUCUAUCACGGUCAGGUGCUGUUAAUAGAGGUGAAGAAUGAAGAUGGUACAUGGCCUAGGCAGUCUGUGCUGGCAAAAUCAAGCACUGCAACUAGCAGAAAUUUUACUAGUACUUCAGCAUCAUCAGUAAAUUCUUAUUCCUCAAUGUCUGUCUCUUCUGCCAUUGCAAAUGGUGAUAGCAAUCACUCCUAUGGACUGACCAGCUCCAGCCUUGGCAGGGGAGUCUCUGGUUUCUCCUACAACUCCUACAGCUGCAGGGAGUCCCCUUCCCAGUCACAGCCUGGCAUCUGUGGGCUCAGUAACUUGGGAAACACCUGCUUCAUGAACUCUGCAUUACAGUGUUUGAGUAACACCCCACCUCUGACUGAGUAUUUCCUGGAAGAUAGAUAUGAGGCUGAAAUAAAUCAUGACAAUCCUCUGGGGAUGAGAGGAGAAAUUGCAGAAGCAUAUGCAGAGCUUAUUAAGCAGAUGUGGUCUGGGAGACACUCUCACGUGGCACCUCGUGUGUUCAAAACCCAGGUUGGCCGUUUUGCCCCUCAGUUCUCAGGGUACCAGCAGCAAGAUUCUCAGGAGCUCCUGGCAUUCCUCCUGGAUGGCUUGCACGAGGAUCUGAACCGAGUGAAGAAGAAGCCCUACUUGGAGCUCAAGGAUGCCAAUGGCAGGCCUGAUUCGGUGGUGGCGAAAGAAGCUUGGGAGAACCAUAGAUUAAGAAAUGACUCUAUCAUCGUGGAUAUUUUUCAUGGCCUUUUCAAAUCCACCCUGGUCUGUCCAAAAUGCUCUAAAGUUUCUGUGACUUUUGACCCUUUCUGCUAUUUAACUCUUCCAUUACCCUUGAAGAAAGAUCGUUCCAUGGAUGUUUCUCUGGUUUUUGCAGACCUGCAUCGUAGACCUACCCAGUAUCGGGUAGUUGUGCCAAUGAUGGGGGCUAUAUCAGACCUGUGUGAAGCUCUUUCCAAACUCUCCAAGAUCCCUGCAGAAAAUAUGGUGGUGACAGAUGUUUAUAAUCACCGAUUCCACAAAAUUUUCCAAAUGGGUGAAGAGUUAAGUCACAUCAUGCCAAAAGAUAACAUCUUUGUAUAUGAAGUUUGCAAGUCAAGCGAGGAUGGCGCUGAGUGCAUCAUUCUCUCUGUAUACUUCAGAGAAAAGAGAAUAAGACAGUCCAGCACUUCUUCAGGGACUGUUCUUUGUGGGCAGCCACUGCUAAUCUCUGUGCCCAAACACAAGCUCACUCUGGAUCACUUGUACAAUGUUGUCUUGGAGCAGAUUGGCCACUACAUUAAAUUCCCUCUGACAAAAGAAUAUUCUAGUGUAUGCCUGGACAGUGGGAUCUGCAAUGGCUUCAGUGGUGGCUGCGAAGUUGAAGAGAUGGAACAUCAGGAUGGAGAUGAGGAGGGCAGGGAAAAAGCCUCAGAAACAGAUUCCUGCCAGUCAGAGGGCUGUGCACAUGAUUUGCUGGGGAAGGAAUGGCAGCAUCACAAGAAGCAUCUGUUCACCUUUAGCCUUGUGAAUUCCUAUGGGACCUCUGAGAUAAACUCAAUUACAACAGAGGGGAAACUUCUAAAACUGAACUCCUAUGCCACCCUUGCUAUUGACUUGGAUCCAGACACUCGGAAGCUGCUGUUUGAUGAACAACAGUCACAGGCAUUUGAAAAGGAUGAAAGUAUGUUACAGUCACAGAAGAAGAAAACUACUGUCGCUCUUAAAGACUGUAUAGAACUCUUUACUACAAUGGAAACACUUGGUGAACAUGACCCGUGGUACUGCCCUAACUGCAAGAAGCAUCAGCAGGCCACAAAGAAGUUUGAUCUAUGGUCUUUGCCCAGGAUUUUGGUGGUGCAUUUAAAACGCUUCUCGUACAACAGAUACUGGAGGGAUAAACUUGACACUGUGGUUGAAUUCCCCAUCAGGGAUUUGAGCAUGUCUGAGUUUGUCUGUGACCCAGCAGCUGAUCCGUAUGUGUACGACCUCAUUGCAGUGUCCAAUCACUAUGGAGCUAUGGGAGUAGGCCACUAUACUGCAUAUGCAAAGAACAAAGUGAAUGGCAAAUGGUACUACUUUGAUGACAGCAGUGUAUCAAUGGCUUCUGAAGAUCAAAUAGUGACAAAAGCCGCAUAUGUGCUAUUCUAUCAGCAACGGGACAGCAAGCAGCACAUAGCCCCGUCUCUGCCUGCAGAAAGUGAGCUGGCAUCGGAAGAGUGUGACGGCAUGGAUACCAACUGAGCCCAGCUUGCUGCACUUAAACUGUUCGGUAGAGUUCUUUGUUCGACGCCAUGUCUGAAGCAUCUGAGAAUUGCUGUUCUGCCUUCAGUAGGAUUCUCAAGCAGGAAAUCUAGUGUUGAGGGUUUAGUGCCGGUGUCGUAAGAUAGCACUGGGGAGCCAAGAAUGAGCUGACACGGGGUAUCUAGAGGCCAAAAAUUACAUAUAUCAAAGCUUCAAUAAACUUUUUGUAAAUCUGGCUAGACUGUGUGGCUGGAGCUGGGGAAGGAGAAGCUUCAGCUGGGCUAGUUGUGGGGCUGGAGCUGGUGCCUGGGGCGGAGAGGGUGACUGCAGGGUGUUGCAGAGAUAACAGAGAGGUGUCAUUUGGGCAUGAACGCUACUCUCGUGGUGUGUCUGUUGACAGCUCUGUGCGUAGCUGUCAGGCCUAGUCCAGAUUUU